AUGGCUUCAACAAGUACAUCGCAGGGGGACAGCCAUUUCUCCUUCGCAAAGAUCGCCGCUAUGCCUGCGCCCACUGAACCUCUACCAUCCUCGAUAUCCGACGUCAGCGACAAUGCUCAGCCGGAGCACACAUCGAAUUACCCGGAACCACUCGACGCUGGUUCCUCACUACCCAGCUCGCAACAUUUGACCAAAAUUAACUCAGAGAGCUCCCCCGUGGACCAUGUUGUCCAUGGCCUAGAGAGGACAGUGCAGGGUAUUGAUAUUAACUCGCAAAAAGACCAUGAAGGGUCAUCAUCCUCAGUAGAUGACCAAGAGAGUGGCCUUCCUAAACGAGACAACUUCUUCGAUGAUGAUCGCACUCAUCUCUCCACUUCCUCUACCAAAAUGACCAAUUUCGAUUCCAAGAGCCUAGCCUCGGUGACAACGUUUGCAAUGGAUGAAAAAGACUCCGUACGACCUGAUGACAGUGCCAGCGUCCAGGCCAUUGAUGAGGAGGAAUCUCUGUCAGGACUUGCAUCUGGUGCACCAAAUUCAGUCACUGGCUCUGAGGCUGGUGGUCGUGGAUACCGUGAUCAGUUCCGAGAUGGCAGUGGCCAACGACCCCGUGGCAUUCUCACAGUGCCUAGUUCUCUGUACAAUGGGGGAAUUCAGCGGGCUGUUGGUACUAUUCCAUCAGACUCCGUAUCCAACAAUUUUGUGGUUCCUGCCAACCCUGGCUGUUUGUCAGAUGACCAAGCCUUACAUGGAUUUCCUCUUGAGCCCGAUGAGAAGCUUUUAGAGGCGAUGAAAUCCCCUAAGGAUCGUCUCCUGAUUCUUCAGUUGGAGGACAAAAUCCGUUGUUUUAUCCAAGACAAUAGUGAACAAUCCCUAGAAUUGCCGCCAUCUAAUGCAUUUGGACGACUUCUUGCACAUAAAUUGGGGGAUUAUUACCAUCUAACGCACUUUGUGGAUAACAAUGUGACAUCAGUUCGGCUUCAUCGGACACCUUUUUGCCGACUUCCCACGCCUUUAUCUGAGAUACAUGCAGCCAACAAUACUACGCCACCUCCAACUCUUCCCGCUAUGAAAAUCAUGCGCCGAGCAGACUUGGAACGACCUUCCGUUGAGGGCAGUGUAGCAGCCAGCUCAUCUGCCCCGUCAAAAGCCCCCUCUGAAGCUGGCGAUGGUCAAGAUUCAGGAUCCUCUGGAGGAUCCCCGGCCAAGGAUCGCCUCGCCUUGACAAGAGAGGAACGCGAAGCCAAAUAUAAUCAGGCUCGUGAGCGAAUCUUCCGUGACUUCCCCGAUAGUGCCAAAUCGGAUCCGGCUAGUGGCGAUUCGAACCCCAACAUGUCUCGCUCUAGCUCAACAACUGGACGUAAGAAGAACAGCCGGCAGCGGACACCUCUCGAUGAUGGAUUCGAAGCCCGUUCGCAAUUCAAUGCUUACUAUCCCGGUGUGCCGUACAGCAAUGGCUCAGCCCAAUACGGUGGAGGUGGAAGUAUCAACGACGCAUCUUACAAUAAUCAGGUGCCCUACCUUGUGGGGCCGGGUGUGCAGCCCCCAACCAAUGGCUUUGUGCCUUCCGGUGGGAAUGGCAUGGGAUAUCCUGGAAAUAUGGGAUCUGGAAACAUUGGAUCUGGAAAUAUGGGCGCCGGGAACAUGAGUGGGAACAUCGGUGUCAACAACGUGCCACAGUACCCAAUGGGGACACUGCCGCAAAUGACUUCUAAUGGCUCAUGGCAAGGCGGAAACAUGCCACAACAAUCCCCAUACCCUGGAUACGCAUCGAUGAAUCAGUCUGGCAUGAUGAGCCAACAAUCAUCCACCAAAUCGUCUCCGGCCAUGAAUAACUUUGCCAUCCCUCAGUCUGCUCCAUACCAACAAGUUCCUGUCUGGAAUGGCCAGCCUUAUCAAGGCAAUCACCAGCAAUCUCCCCAUCAGCAAGCUCCGCAUCAGCGGACGCAAGCUCCUGUUCAUUGGCCCCACUACCCUGCUCAGUCGAUGACCCCCAAUAUGGCAUCUUACCCUUAUGCCCAAUACCCCGGGCAGCAUCUGAAUCCUUCUAUGCAGAACCCCAAUGGUUCUCCGAUGCCGGGACAUAUGGCACGAUCUCACUUCAAUCCUCAAACGCGUUCGUUCGUCCCUGGAGGUGGUCCAGUGCCUCGUCAUCCAAUGCCACCAUAUCCCAAUGUGGGCCCCGGAGCCCAGGGCCAAUGGAAUGGAUACCCUGAUCCCGCCUUCAACCGAAAUAUCGAUCACGGCAACCAAGGCCGCCCCUCAAACACAAUGUCCCGUGAUUCGAUCGCAAAAUGGGGUACCCCUUCCCACCUUCCCCCUAAACCUCCACCGUCUGAGGUUCCCUCUGAGUUUGAUUUGAAGCACCGGGCCGGGCCCAUGUCCACGCCCCCAUCCUACCCUAGUGGAAUGGUCGGCGCCAAGAACGGCCCGUUUGUGGUGUCCGGAGGGACCACCUCGAAAACGCACUAG